AUGCUGCCAAACCCUUUGAUCCGACUCCAAUGCGGCGUCAACUCCUACGACUGGGGCAAGAUCGGCUCCGACUCGUCCGCCGCCCGCUUCGCCGCCGCCACGCCCUCGGGCUCCUUCGAUAUCCAGUCCGACAAGCCGUACGCCGAGCUGUGGAUGGGCACCCACCCGUCCAAUCCCUCCAGAGAUUAUACCACCGGCCGCUCCUUACUCGAGCUCGUCGAGGGCAACCGCAUGCUACUCGCCCCUUCAGUCCAGGCCCGCUAUGGCUCAAAGCUGCCCUUCCUCUUCAAGGUCCUCUCCAUAAACAAAGCCCUCUCCAUCCAAGCUCACCCGAACAAGAAGCUUGCCGAACAGCUCCACGCAAGAGACCCCAAGAACUACCCAGAUGACAACCACAAGCCCGAGAUGGCCCUGGCCAUCACCGACUUUGAGGGCCUCUGUGGCUUCCGACCCCUUGCCGAAAUCGCCCACUUCCUUUCGGCCCUACCAGCACUGCGAGAGCUAGUUGGCGAGGAGACUGCCAAGUCCUUCAUCGAGACAGUCCGUGGCCAAGCGGGCAGCGACUCCUCUGAGCCGACUCCAGAGAACAAGCAGCUCCUGAAGGAUGCCUUUGCUGCUUUGAUGAAGUCUUCGCAAGAUGACAUCUCCAAGGCCGCCAAGGCUCUUGUCGCAGACGCUGAGAGCAAAGGUGCCGAGUUCGCGGACGGCGGCGUCGAGGCCACCCCAGGCUCUGUCCUGGCCGAGCUGGUCCCUCGCCUGAACAAGCAGUUCCCCGACGACAUUGGUCUAUUUGUUCUCUUCUUCCUCAACUACGUCCAGCUCAAGCCUGGUGAGGCCAUGUUCCUCCAGGCCGACGACAUCCACGCCUACGUCUCUGGAGACAUCAUCGAGUGCAUGGCUGCCAGCGACAAUGUUGUCCGUGCCGGCUUCACUCCAAAAUUUAAGGACGUGCAGACCCUCGCCCAAAAGAUGACGCCCAAGGAGUAUCCCUAUGUGGUACUAAACCGCAAAGCUUACAGCUCCGGGUCCGAGGCUCAGCUGUAUGAUCCCCCGAUCGACGAGUUCAGCGUCAUCAGAACGGUGCUCAGAGGGGAUGCCGCUAAAGCCACAUUCGACCCAAUUGACGGCCCCAGCAUCGUCAUCUGCACUGGUGGCAAGGGCAAGAUCUCGGUUGGUGCGAAGACGGAGGAGAUCAAGGAAGGCUACGUAUACUUUGUCGGUGCGACAGCAGAGCUCAUCCUCGAGUCUGAGGGUGGCGCCGAGGACGAGUUCACCACAUUCAAGGCCUACUGCGAGGUCGAGGACCACAGCAAUGGCUCGGCGCAGCUUUAG